UCUCCAUUUCCCCCAGUCAAUCCCCACCAUCCAUAUUCCCAUUUUCUCUCAUAUCAUUAUUAUUAUUCCCCUCUCUUUCUCUCCUCACUCCAUCGAGUUUUUCAUCAUCAAUGGCGGCUCUACAACAAACUCCCAUAACUUUCCAAUCCAGAUCACCACCACCCUCAGCUCAACUCACUACCAAACCGGUACCUAAACUCGUCCUUUCUGGCAGCCUUAAGCUUCCCAAAAUCACCAUCAAACUCCUCCCCAAACGACUGCCCCGCCGCGGCAACCACGGCGGCGCUCUAGGAGCAAAAAUGGCUGAUUCCGCUGCUGGUAGCUACGCCAACGCCCUCGCUGACGUGGCGAAAUCCAACGGAACAUUAGAACAAACCACGUCAGACAUCGAGAAGCUCGAGAAAAUCUUCGAUGACGAAGCAGUUUACGAAUUCUUUGUAAGUCCGAUAGUUGGUAUUGAGAAGAAACGUGAGCUCGUGGACGAGAUUGUCUCGUCCUCAAGCAUUCAACCCCACGUUGCGAAUUUCCUCAACAUUUUAGUGGACAUGAAGAGGGUCGAGUUGAUCAAGGAAAUUGUCAAGGAGUUCGAGAAAGUAUACAAUACGAUAACGGAUACUGAGCUUGCUGUGGUCACGUCAGUUGUGAAGCUGGAAUCGCAACACCUGGCGCAAAUCGCUAAAGGUGUGCAGAGAUUAACGGGGGCGAAGAAUGUAAGGAUUAAAACAGUUAUUGAUGAAUCGCUUGUUGCUGGAUUUACAAUAAGGUAUGGUAAUUCAGGAUCGAAAUUGAUUGAUAUGAGUGUGAAGAAACAACUUGAAGAUAUUGCUGCUCAACUUGAAAUUGGGGAUAUUCAAUUAGCUGGAGCUGUUUAAUUGUUCUGUUUCUAAAUUCUACAGUAAUUUUUUCUGCCUCAGUGAUUGAUUUUGUAAUAUAUUAUUUGCUUAAAUGGCAAACUAAACAUACUGUUCUAAUUUUUUUGGAUGAAUAUAUAUCAGUAGUUGCUGUAUGCAAAUUCAAAUUGGA